CCUGCGCGUGUGUUGUAGCGGCGGCAGUUGGAUUUAGUGCCUACGUGCGUGCGUCUUCUUCUACUUACGUCGGCGGCGCUUCGCCGCGUGUACCGUCGUGUCGCGCGCUGGAAACGGCAGCAGCUGGUCCAGGCGAGCGUGAUGCGUGGCAUCCCUGCGUCUCCUCCGCUCGUCAACGACUUCUUCGGCGCGUCUUCGUCGUCGUGUUCAACGCACGACGCCAGUGAUCUUCUCUCGUCGCACGGUCGACCGGAUACUACUACUUCCGCGGGACCUUUCUACUUCCGGCGUUGAAAAAAAAAAAAAAGGCGGAACUACAGGAAAGGAACGACACCAUCCGUGUGUGUGUGUUAAUUUUUUUUUUCCGGUGUGUCAGUGUUGGCGUGGGUGUUCUUUUCACGUCACAAAUCGACGGUUACCCCCUUUUUGUUGUUGUUGUUCUUUUGCGCCCCGACGUUUACAACUAGCCGAGUUCUGGGAAAGAAACAGAACUUGACUCAGACAUCAUCAAGUCUGUGGAUAUCGAUUCGUGACGGAUAACAGUGCGGUGUUUCCCCACCGACUACGGCCGUGAAACCUCUUCCUAAUUUUAUGAUGGAUUGACGGUUUGGACGAAGGCAACAUUGGUGGAACAAGUAGUUCGGGGACGUUCUCCUUAACUGUUUUGUUCUUUGGCGUCCGUGCCGUGGGUUUGGAGAUAAAACUGUUGCUGGAAUUUUCUGGACAUUCGAGUCGGCGAGAAAACGUAACCGUCGUUGUUUGGUUGUGAGUUGUUGACGACUGGCAGUGGCGACGUCCGUCCUUCUUCGACGGGACUUUUGUUAAUUGUUAUUUUUCCAAAAUCCUGCUCGUGAUACUAGGUGCGCCACUAAAAGAGGAAUGCGCUUCGAAGAGGCAUCGCCGUGGAGUGACAAGUGUCGCACCGCGUCCUACGUCCUGCGAAAGGAGCCCGUCAACCUCGCUGGCCAAGGGAAAGUGGACAUGUCACACUUUGACAUUCUCCGGGUUCUUGGAACGGGAGCUUAUGGCAAAGUGUUCCUGGUUCGCAAGCUGGGCGGCCAGGACGACCAGAAGCUGUACGCCAUGAAGGUGCUGAAGAAGGCCACCAUCGUGCAGAAGCAGAAAACCUUGGAGCACACGCGAACCGAGCGACAGGUUCUGGAAGCCAUCCGCCAGUCGCCCUUCCUGGUGACACUCCACUACGCCUUCCAGACGGAUGCCAAGCUGCACCUCAUCCUCGACUACGUCUGCGGUGGCGAGCUGUUCACCCACCUCUUCAUGAGGGAGCACUUCACGGAGUCCGAAGUCCGUUUCUACAUAGCGGAAAUUGUGCUGGCUCUGGAGCACCUACACAAGCUGGGUAUAAUCUACCGCGACAUCAAGCUGGAGAACAUCCUCCUCGACAGCGAAGGACACAUCAUCCUGACAGACUUCGGACUGAGCAAGGAGUUCCUUCCGCAUGAGAAGGACCAGAGGGCCUUCUCAUUCUGCGGCACCAUAGAGUACAUGGCACCCGAAGUUGUGCGGGGCGGAAGUGCGGGCCACGACUUCAGCGUCGACUGGUGGAGCGUGGGUGUGCUCACGUUCGAGUUGCUCACGGGGUCAUCACCUUUCACAGUCGAGGGCGAGCGCAACAACCAGGCCGAGAUCUCCAAGAGGAUACUCAAGAGCCAACCACCGAUACCGGAUCGCAUCACAGGUGAUGUUAAGGACUUCAUCCUGAAACUUCUCAUCAAAGACCCCAGGAAGAGGCUUGGCGGCGGGAUCGAGGACGCCGAGGAAAUUAAGAGGCAUCGCUUCUUCAAGGGAAUCAAUUGGGAGGACCUUGCAGCCAAGAGGUUCCCCGCGCCCUUUGUUCCAAAGGUGGACGAUGAAUUGGACGUGAGCAACUUUGCGGACGAGUUCACCUCUAUGGUUCCCGCCGACUCACCGGCGCUGGCACCUAUCAGCGACGACAAAGUGUUCAAGGGUUACUCCUACGUUGCACCAUCAGUGCUGUUCAACGAAAACAUCCUCACCGACGACCUCCUCGGCUGCGCCCAUGAGAGCCGGCCGAACAUUAACCAGCUGCUUGCCACCAAGUUCAAGAACUCUGCAUUCUUUCAAAACUACGACAUUGUUGGGAAGGAAGGCAUUCUGGGUGACGGAAGCUUCUCAAUCUGCAGGAAGUGCGUUCACAAGAAGACUGGCAUCGCCUACGCCGUCAAAAUCGUGAGCCGCCGCAUCGACACCACCCAGGAGGUGCAGCUUCUGAAGAUGUGCCAGGGACACCCCAACAUUGUGCAGUUCGUGGAGUCCUUACAGGAUGAGGCACACACCUACAUCAUCCUUGAACUUCUCACUGGCGGGGAGCUCCUCGAGAGGAUACGCGGGCGGGCGCGCUUCACGGAAAGCGAGGCGUGCCGCAUCUUCCGCCGCCUCGUCUCCGCCGUGAACUUCAUGCACACGCGAGGUGUCGUGCAUCGAGACCUCAAGCCCGAGAACCUACUGUUCACGGACAACUCUGACAAUGCCACCAUCAAGGUAGUGGACUUUGGCUUUGCGCGGCUAAAGCCGCAGGACAAUCAGCUUAUGAAGACGCCAUGCUUCACGUUGAACUAUGCCGCCCCGGAGGUCCUGCAGCAGGCCAGACCGGGCAACAAUGCCGCUGCGGGCUACAACGAGUCCUGUGACCUCUGGAGCCUCGGUGUCAUUCUGUACACCAUGCUAUCCGGACGGGCUCCUUUCCAGACACCGAGCCGCAAUGCCAGUGCGGCCGCACUGAUGCAACGGAUCCGCGAAGGUGAUUUCAGCUUCAGCGGACCCCAGUGGGAACCCGUAUCAGACCAGGCCAAGGACGUCAUACGUGGCCUCCUCACCGUCGAGAUUACGCAACGCCUGACCAUGAAUGAGCUCCGUGCGCAUCCGUGGGUGCACACUCGGGGCAGCCUCUGGUCCGCCCCGCUGAUGACGCCAGAUGUCCUCAGCUCGUCGUCCUCCCCUCGCGCAGCAGAGUCAGGCGUGCGUGCUGCCUUCGGGGCGUUCCACCAACUUGCCACUCGCACUGGCUUCCGCUUGCUUGACGUCUCUGCUGCGCCCCUCGCCCAGCGCCGAAGGUUGAAGCGUAACUCCGCGGAUUUGCGAAGUGAUUCAUCUGUUUCGACAAGCAGUGGAAGCUCCCUAACAUCCACAUCGUCUGCUCAUUCCGCCACAUCGCUCAAUUCAGCGACGGCGGCGUCAACACGUUCGAUGGGCUUUGUGCCUGCGCGCGACGACUCAACCCGAAGUGUGGACAGCGUCUUCACGUACCCGGAGACCAAGGUUGCAGCGUACCUCUCCACACUUCCUGACAUGGCGGAAUGUCCCAGGGGGUCCAGCACCACAGACGAAAUCGAUACCAUAACUGGAGACCUUGCCAUCACAGGCUUGGUCAUGCCGCAGGCGAGGUCCGGCAGACCGGAAACUCCGAUGUUGCCAGCCAUUGUGGUGACCGAAGAUGUGCCAGAAAAAUCUCAAGGUGGCAAGGAAGCGAAAUCCACUACCUUCUUGCUGCCGACAAUACCGGAGACGGCCGAAGUGUCUGACAACAGCCGAACCAUGAGCAUGGGGAGCAUCGAACAAUCAAUGUCACUCGAUCUAGAAGGACCAGUCACACGAUCUCGGCGAAAGCGGCCCACGCCAGACGAGAGUAAGGUGGCUCAAGCCAUUCUCUCAGAUGAUGGGUCAGACAAGAGCGAACCAAAUACCAAGAAAUUGAAGACACGGUCUCCACUGAAGUUGUCUCCGGGCAAGAAGCAGCGGUAGCACAAGCCUAGGAACAUAGCUGCAUCGUUAGCAUUGUUCGCGCGCACGCACCUUCGGUGGCAAAAGGGUGUAGCAGUGUGACAAUGUUCAUCUCCUCAGUGUAAAUUCAGCUCAUCACAGUCACCUUUUAAUUAAAGGGGAACACAGAGAAGACUAUUUAUAGCAAGACAUUGAAUGUGUUCUCUUCAAAGAAGGGAACAUUGUUGUUCGAACACAUCUUUCAAAGUGCUUUCAAUGAUGGGGUUUUUUGUUUGUCUGUAUGUGUGAAAUGGCCAGUAGCACAUAUCUGGUGGUUGCUAGAAGUGCAUAAAAAAAACUGCGGGCACGCUGCAAGAGAAAGGAAUGACGAAUCACCGGAAUGAAUGACUGCAGAAGUUGCAAAUGAUUCUCACAUGAUGUCACUGGAAUGGUCAUUGUCGAAUAGCAGAUUGUGUUGAACACUGGAUGGACUCAGGUAGACUUGUGAUGCCUCAUCGUUAGUGGCGUCAGUGAAGAUACCGAGCGAGCCUUUGUCAUCAAGUUCAUGCCUGGAACCAUGUAUUUCUGAGCGAUCCGAGUGCAGAGACAGUGUGAAAGACAACUACGCAGAACUGAUUUCAUUAGGCUUUCAGCUAACGCUGCUUGUGGUAGAAGAAAAGAACACCGGCAUGGAGUUUCGUGCGAGUGAAGGACAUUUGGGUACUUACGAGACGCUGUUAAUUAAGGAAAGGCGAUAUGCUGAUUGCCAUCCACUGUAAAGCUUAGACAACACAUGUGAUAGAGAGCUUUUCAUUGCAGCCAAUCUCGUGUAUAUCUAUUUAUCAUUAUGGCAGGUUUCUUUCCCCGUGUUUUUCGUCAAGAUUGUGGCUUACCAUUGGUUGCGACUGUUAUCUGCCAGUUUCUGCUAAAUCACCCCGCAUCUUGCAUGGUUUACAUUUCAUUAAGAGUGCCGACAAGCAACAACAUUUUCACUGCUUGCCAUAUUCCGACUGUUAGCCACACGUUUAGCAUGGCCACCAUUCCUGUACAGUUCAUGAGCGAGUUGUGAUUGUUGAGCUGCGAAUCUUGCCACCGUGUGUGUAAAAAAAAACCCAAACAUAUGUUUGUCUUAAUCUGAGAGAUAAAGGAGCUUCCGAGUUAACCUCACCUUGUCGCGUUUUUAAUAGAAGCAAUAGCCAGUGUUUUAGUUUAUGUUAAAAGAUGUCGAACGAUUACUUGUGAACCAUUUAUUUACUUAUUUCUUUACACCUUGUGACAAUGUAUUGCCUUUAAAAAUUUUUCUACACUGACUUAGCAACCUUCUUUAUAAAUUGAAGUAGUUGUUUUUAUGUAAUCGUUUUACGUAGGCGUACUACAGCUCUACGUUGGCCGAAGCUGUCCCUGGAUACCUUUCGUGAUGCCUAUUCUCUGCAACAAUUUUUGAGCUGUCUCAUUAAAUACAGUGUGGCAGAAACAGAUUGUUUUAGUGAUGCCACACUUGAGUGUUGUUUCCUGCGCUGUUGCAAACAUUGAGAAGGACUGCGCACUUCUGCCAACUCCUCCACUCGUUCUCGUUUCGCUUUCUUGUUGAAUUUGUGCGCGCGGCGCAUCGUUGCCUGGUUACAAAGCUGAGAAGGUAUUUUUAAUACAAAGAUAAGGCCUUGGAAUAUUUACAUUGGCCUCACAAGUUACCACGGAGUGGCCUUUUUUCAUCCCUGCGUGCCAACCUGUUGCACCGGUGGCGAAUCGGCAGGCAGUCAUUGCCUUAGUCGAAGUUGACAUUCUCAGAAAUAAGUUGUGGCUGGAUAUUGUCGGUCAUUAACCUUUCUGCACGUUACGCACCGCUCGUGACUUCUGGGCGGUUAGUUGACCACUGCCUCGCCUGGGAGUUUCCACUGUUAUAUCGCUAACCAAAAAUAGGGGAGGGGGGAGUCUUCUAGAAGUGGGGAGAGUCGAGACCAAUGUAACACAUAUAGUGGGCGCCACUGGAUACAGUUUUAGGCUGUUUUCAAGGCUCUUGACAUUAGAAAGUAGAGAGUAAUGUUGUGACGAAUUUUAUACGCUCGGGGACAAAAAAAAAAGGGGGGAGGACGAUACUCUUUAACGAGUGCAGAGCGGGUAUGUUGCCGCACGUGAAAGCGUGCAAAUGAUAUGCAUUAUGACUGACAAUUUUGAAGAGUAAAAAAACUCUGUGCUUGCACUUUUGUUCAGCUUGGUAAAAGGUUAGUAGUCUUUUUAGGGACAGUUGUGAACUCUCGGAUGUUCUUAUGAUGCAACGUUUUGAAUGCUAAUCCAACAGCGCUAGAGAAAAAGUUCACUACUAAAUGCCAGUUGUCAUGUUGCGCGAAAGAUAUGCUUGCAUUAAGGAAACACUUGGGAAGUGGCAAUUGUGGUAACUGCAUUGAAAGAUAAAGUUUACGAAUGUUUUUCUCUUGAGGGAAGGAAUGUAGUUUUGCGAAUGCAGUGCUGAUAUGUGAAGCUAGAGUGGUGAUUUUUUCUUUCGAAGGGCUCGAGAAAGGAGGGUGAGAAGAAAAGUGUGAUAUCGACAAGCUUGAGCGUGGUUGCACUUAUUUAUAUAUUCGUCAAAUCAAGAGGUGCUCUUACACGGACUUGCCGACAGAGUUCAUGACGAAGGACUCUAGUACACCUCCUGUGUGCCAACUGAGGAGUGAAAGCUGCCUUUUAGGAAGUCAUUAUCAAAUUGCCAUUGACACUUGCAUCAUCUAAGACCAAUCCUUUCAUACAUACGGCUGCACUGACAUGCCUGCACAAAAAAGAAAAUAAUCUAUAAGUGUAUAUUCACAAUCUCCGUACACACUUCCAUGUCACUCGUGCGAAGUCAAUGGAAGGUUGUUGUAUCUGUACGAAUUGUACGGACAACUUUUGGAACUGUGGAAGUGUACAUGGGGAACCUUUUGGGCAGGGUAGGCACAGAAAGAAAAAGACAAAUCAGUGAGAUCGAGGUGGUGACGUGAAAGCUGGAGACUGUAAGCCAAGACUGGAGAGCUAGUUGCACUAGGGAAACGUAAAAUAUUUUUCUACCGCGGCAAAGGUCAUCAUGAUUGCCUUUAGGCUAGGCUCCGGACGAUUACGUUCAGUCGGGCGACUGCCCAUUUGCAGAGGUGCACCCGUAACCUGCACUGCACGUAGGGUGCUGUCCGCAGGCAUGUGUGCAUAUGAUUGUACAGUUUAGGUGAACAGAAAUUUAUACUAGUUAAUAUUCCUUCUGAAGACAGUGCAGCAACACAGGAAUGAAGAGGGAAGAAAGAACGGGACAGGCGCUGGCUUACAACCAAGAAUUCUGCUUAGAAAGAAUGCAUAGUUUUUAUACAAAAAGGAAAUGACUCGUGCACAUCAAACUGUUGAACAUAAAUAAGGGUAAAGCAAAACAUGUGCUCGAAUCUGGCAUGUGUAUGUCAACACCAUGUGCGUGAAAAAAAGAACUUAGCGAUCAAACGAUGCUCAAAGAUAAGUCGGCCCUGUCUGUGACAAGACUGAAGGGUGGCCAUUGCACAGAUCGUUUUCUUUAGAAAUGUGAUACGCUUCGAUCAUUUCUUUACGAGUUGAUUCUUAUGACGUGAAUGACUGCUUCUCCCGUUCUUUUCUUCUUCGUUCUCGUGCUGUUUUUCCAGACCAAUGUGAUUGUAUAUCACCAAUCUCGGUAACAAAGAACGUGAAUCCUUGAAAAAACUAAUCGUAGAAGCCAGCCAUGGCCCCACCUUGCCUUAAUCAUCGAGAACAAACAGUUGUUUCUUAGACAGACAACUAGUCACAGAAUGGCGCGUGUACUUUUUGUGCUCCACGAGUUUCCAUCCGACGGUGUGUUCUCGUGGAGACGCCUCUCACGACGGUGAUUGCACUCGAACCAUUUCGGAGUAGCCAGUUCCUUUCCCGCACACUGCUUUAGGAGGAAAAUGCGGUCGUGCGGUAUGGGUCUUUUCUUCGACGAGGUUGAAAAAAGAUGUUCGCUCGCUGCUGUGUUAACUAGUCCAUCAAUGAAAACCCUUGUGAUAGCUUGUCCCAGGCAUAAAAUAUUACGAGACUGAAGCCGUGCGUGUCUGUGUUCUACUGCAUACCGCCUGUACGCAUGGUUAUUUUUGCAAAAUAAUGAGAGUUAUUUCUUCUAACUUGCACAGACAAGAUGCUCAUACUGACGUACACAUCCAUAGAAUCUCUAUGCCCCCGAUGUAUCUUUCUUCCCCGGCAGUUGUUUAAGCGUGUACAGUAAAAAAGCUAUAAGCAUUAUGUUUGUUGACCAUUCCUUGGAAGAUGUGUGAGUGCGAGUUUGUAAUAUAUUCAUGAAGUGUGAAAACUGUUAUAUAUAUUGUUAAAAACAUAGAUGAGAAGCAGCACAACUGAGCAAAGGCAUGUAAGUAGUCAUUGCACUGGCUUUUUGUUACCGCUAUGAUUGUUCAAAAUUCAUCCAGACGAUUUAGCCGUGGUGCAGUGCAAAUGUCGAUGUGCGGGCCAUGUGACAAAUGUAGCAUUGUCUUGAAUUGCCUAGACGGUGUGAAGGGUACGUGUGCUAUUCUUUUGGCAAACAGGGCACAGUGUCGCUUGCCUCACCACGUUUUUUCUCUUCAUGUGCUUCCAGUAUGUUUUGAGAAAGUGACGUGCAGCGACAUAUUAAUGUUGGGUUGCUAAAUAAAUGUGUUUUAUCAGUUAA